CACAAAAUUUGAUGCAAUUUGAAUUCUGAAUUUAAACGUUUUCAUAUCAAACAAUUUCGAGUAUUCUCAAAAGACUCUUGGCUAAAUUGUUUUCAGUGAAUCCGACUCUUCUUUAUUUUGGAAAACUGAGUCACGCUACGCAAACAUAAGAGCAGCAGCAGAAGUUAAAAGUUGUAUCUACUUGUUAAUCCAGUAUUUGGGCUGCAGAGCAUUUCAUCCUUUUUAAGAUUAAUCUUGCGUUUGCAUUGGAUUCCUUGGCAUUCCUUAGCGCAACAAUGGAAGAUAAAAAGCCAACGGCCCGCAAGCUGAAUUACGAAAUUUGUGAAGUUUCAAGUUUUAUUGCCGAUUAUCCAGCCGAAAAAAUAUUGGAGAAUAAGCCCAGUGAUUCGGGAUCCAGAUGGUGUUCGGACAGUAAUUCAUACCCACAAUUCAUCACGCUGAAGCUUUCAGCGCCUGCAUUUCUUCAUGCUAUAACAUUUGGAAAAAAUGAGAAAGCUAACGUUUGCAAUGUGAGAAAAUUUGAAGUGUACGGAGGGCUGACGCUGGACUCACUGAUGAAGUUAUACGAAGGAUCAUUGCGCAAUGACAGUUUUGCCGAGUCCUUUCCAUUGCGGCACACAAUCGACCAAGUGGAAUUUCCUGUACGUUAUGUUAGAAUCCUUCCAAUACAAGCAUGGGGUUCUGGUUUCAAUUAUUGCAUUUGGCAUGUGGAGCUCAGUGGCGUCGACGACAGCGAUUUAGUGCGGCCAAAUUUGGAGGUUGUUAAAAAAUAUCGUCACUCAACCGCAUUACGUGUCUGUUGGAAAUUUUUUCGAGAAUUGGGAUUGGAGGAUGUGUGUGAGUUGCUCAAACAGAAAAUCGACUUCGACCUGGAAAGCCCCCGAGUUACCGAAUUGUAUGAUACAAUUGUACAUCAACGAGACUUCGAUAAGGCGGAACGCAUUAUGGAGCAAGCAGGGAAUGACGGGUUGCUCGAAGAUUUCAUCUCACGACAGCCUUACAGACCCGCGUGGAAACGUCUGAUGUCUGACCAUGCAAUUGUAUCCCCAGAAUUUUUUCCCUGCAUGAGAGGCGGUCAUCAAAUGGUGAUGGAUUCCAGCGCCCGUGCUAUUUAUAUGUUUGGAGGCUGGGAUGGCAGUAAAGAUUUGUCGGACUUCUGGAGAUAUGACAUUUCGGAGCGGCAGUGGACCCUUAUUUCUGCCAAUGCGACCGAACAGAAUGGUCCAUCUGCACGCUCGUGUCACAAGAUGAUCCUGGAUGAAGAUGAUCAAACGAUUUUCCUUCUUGGCCGCUUCGUGGACCCCAAUUCUAAAACCAACGAGCCAAUGAAAAGCGAUUUAUAUAUGUAUGACAUUAGACGAAGAUCCUGGACAUGUAUAAGCAAAGACACAUUUGCCGACGGCGGACCAAGAUUGCUGAUGAACCAUCAAAUGGCGCUGGAUCCUCAGAGCAAGGCUGUUUAUGUAUGCGGUGGGAAGAUUGUGGAGAGAAAAGCCACAGAAAAUACCGAAGGAGCCUGGUAUAGUGGAUUGUAUGUGUUCAGCAUCCGUAGUAAUUCCUGGAAAUGCUUGCGCCCCGAUGUAAGAGCCUCCCGUGGCCGAGAUGUGUCGUUCAAGCCAAGAGCGGGACACUGUAUGAUCUUCCAUCCGGGUCAGCGUGCUUUGUACAUAUUUGGCGGACACUGUAUUGAAGAUGCCAUCAAAGAUAUGCUGGUUUACAACGUUGAUAGCAACGACUACAGAAUACUUGCUGAUGCCGAAGCGGGUGACCUUUUGCCGGUUGGUUUCAGUCCACGAGCAACCUUCGAUCCGGACCGGGAAGAAAUACACCUGCAUUUUGGGGAAGCUAGAAACAAGAACAAAUCGGACGAACAGGCACAGAACAAUGUUUGGGUUUUCUCCGUUGCCAGUGGGAAAUGGUCAGCAUGUCGUACAGCAUCUGAUGAAUGUAAUCGCGAGCCAGCCCCUCGCUAUGCAUAUCAGCUUGUAUAUGAUACGGGUUCGAAGACACAUUUCUUGUUUGGGGGGAGUGCGGUAAAAGCGUCUGGUGCAUCAAAGCUGAGACUGGGCGAUUUCUGGGAAUUGAGGUUGAGAAAGCCUGAACUGGAAGCAACACUGCGGCAAGUGCGAUGGAUUAUUCGAAAACAGAAGUUUCUGGAACUGUGUUCGCAUAAUCCACUGGCCGCUGUAAAUUUUCUGCAAAAUGAUGUGGCAGGAGUUGUGGACAGCAGCUCGGCGAAGGAAAUGCACGAGUUUCACCAGUUGCCGGCAUACUUAUUUCGUGCUCCACCAAGUUUACCGUCUGUGAAGUUUGAUACAGGCGCCGGUGUGGAGUUGGAAAAUCGGGUGCAAGUGUUUGCACGAUUAUGCCACUUUUUCCCAGAAUCAAUGGUUCCGCCUAGCCAGAAUUUAGUUGAUCUCGUACAGUUGUAACCACAACAUUUUUGGUUUUCAGAGUUUUGUCGAUUCUUUAAAUUUACGAGUUAAUUAUGUUUAUACUAUGUUAAAAAUGUAGUGGUUUAACGUUUUACUUGUACGUUCUUGGAAGAGUUGGACUCGUAUUGAUUUAUUAGUUUCU